AUGCUGGAGACGGACGCUCCGAAAGUUGAUGGCGAGGCUUUCUUCAUCACGAAUGCCAAACCUUUACCAGCUUGGACAUUGUUUCGGAAAGUCUGGGCUGCAGUUGGUGAUAGAAGCACUGAGGGUGAAGUCUGGUGUGUGCCGGCAUGGUUCUCGGUGGGGCUCGGGACGGUGCUGGAGUGGUUGUUCUGGCUCUUCAGCUUCGGAACCAGAACCCCGCCAGAUUUCAGAAGUCAUACAUUACGAUGGAUCAACGAAGAACGAACCUUUUCCAUCGAUUUUGCGAGAGAAAGGCUAGGAUAUCAGCACAAGGAUGACAUUGACCAGUCGAGCCAGUGCAUCAAAGAUGGGGUGGCAUGGGCAUUAAUGCAGAACCGGGAUUUCUGUAAAAAUAAGUGA